CAUUUUUAGUGUCUAAAACAGUACACGCAGCUAGCAAUUCGGGAAGCCUGUGGAUCUCCCAUCACUUGUCCUGACAUGGUGUGCUUAAACCGUGGGACUCUGCAAGAAAGGGAGAUCUCCAGAUUGGUGCCUGUUGAUCAGUUUCACUUAUAUCAGCGACUGAAAUUUGAGCGAGAAGUCCACCUGGAUCCACUGAGGACCUGGUGCCCCUCUGCUGACUGCCAGACUGUGUGCCAAAUUAAACCAAGGGAACCUGGACUACCAGUGCCUGUAAACUGUCCUGCUUGCCAUUUGACAUUUUGUUCAUCAUGCAAAGAACCGUGGCAUCGGGGAAGAUCAUGUCUGGAAAGCCACCUUUUUGUGGUACCAAAUGAACAAGGAUCGCUUAUCAAGCCUGACACAGAAGCACCAAUUAAGCAGUGCCCGGUCUGCCGGAUCUAUAUCGAGCGAAAUGAAGGCUGUGCCCAAAUGAUGUGUAAGAAUUGCAAGCAUACCUUUUGCUGGUACUGUCUACAAAACUUGGAUAGUGAUAUCUUCUUAAGACAUUAUGACAAGGGCCCAUGCCGGAACAAACUGGGCCACUCACGUGCCUCCCUUAUGUGGAACAGAACACAGGUUGUUGGGAUCCUCAUGGGCCUCGGUAUCAUUGCCCUGGUGACAUCUCCGUUGUUGCUCUUAGCUUCCCCGUGCAUUAUCUGUUGUAUCUGCAAAUCCUGCCGAGGCAAGAAAAAAAAACAUGACCCACCGACCACCUAGACUUCUCUGCCUGUUGGGUGAAUGUCUGCCUAGCACAUGUGAAGGAAGAGACAUGAAAACUGAUCAAUGGGACCAGUGCUUUAUCAAAAAAAAAUUGCCAACUUUUGUGCAAAUAGUGCCUACACUUUUCCAGGACACUGUAUUAUUUACAAGCUGCUGUUCAGUAACGGACUGGGGUGGCUGCAUGAGCUGGAUCCAAUUCUUUUCUUUCUUUUUUUUUUGAGAUUGGGCUUGAAAAAUAUUUUUAUAUUCUUCAAAACAACCCAGCUCUUAAUUCUGCUUCGGAUCUGUCGAUGGACUUACUUGCACACCCCUCCCCCCCCCGCUCAUUCACCAAGAGUCUGAAUGUAUGUUGGUUUCUGAGCACUUUAAUUUUGCAUCCUCUGAAGCAGUCUUAUUUUUUUAAGUACAGGAGUACAGGUGAGCUAUCUAGGCCCAUUUUACACAUUCUUUGGCUUGAUUGCUAUCCUGACUCAUAGGCCCUUUCCCCACUUACUGUUU